AUGGAGGGUGAGGAUGGGCAAUCGAUCGAAAUCCGGCCACGGGCGACCGAAUUGAAGGACAAGGGGGUUGGGGAAGAGAGGAACCGGCGAGGCAAUCCGACGUGUGUCGCGCGAGACUGUCAAUUAGGUGAAUGGAAUCUUUUCCAGCCGCUGCGGAAACUGCAAUUGAUCGCGAAAGGAAGUGGUUGGAUAAUGAUCGCAAAGCGAGAGCCCGUUGAGUCGUCGGCGACGAUGACGGUUGGACCGGCGGCUAUUUGA